GGCGCUCCAGUCAACACCCCAUCCGCCAGACAUGGGGAAGAGGCCGAGGACGCGGCAGCCCAAGCAGGGCUUCCUCAAGUCCAAGCGCGCCGCCGAGCCGGCGGCGAUGCUCGACUCCGACGACGACGAGAUCGACGCAUUCCACAAGCAGCGGGACGUCAUUCCCCUCGACGUCGACGACGCGAGGGAGUCCGAGGACGAUGAUUUGGAGCAAUCCGUUUUUGACCUUGAGGGUAUUUCUGAUAAUGAAACGGGGGACAGUGAAGGAGAUGAUGAUGAAGGAGAUGAGGAUGGUGACAUGGGCAAAGCCGAUUAUGCUGGAUGGGACAAAGGGUAUAUCAGGCAAUUAGAAAGAGCACAUAGGGAAGCGAAAAAAAUUGCUGGGGAUGAGGACAAGAUCGAUGAAAGCGAGGAAGAAGAGAAAGAUGAAAACAUCUGGGGUAAAGGAAAGAAAACAUACUAUGAUGCUGGUGAACAUUCUGGCGACGAGGAAGACUAUGAAGAGAUACUAAGGUUGAAGAAGGAAAAGGAUAGUAAGCUUUCAAUGGAAGAUUUUGGAUUAGAAGAUAACAGAAGUUAUGGAGAGGAUAAGCCUCCGAAGGUGUCUAGUCCUCAAACCAAGGUUACCGAUGAUGCAUCCACUUUUGAAAGCUAUGAAAAAAUGAAAGAAGAUUUUGCUGUGCUUUCAAGAGAUGAAAAAUUGAGUGCAGUAUACAGUUCUGCUCCUGAACUGGUGGGAUUAUUGUCCGACUUAAAUGAGGCCCAUGAAGAGCUGAAGGCGAUAGGACCAGUCACCAAUGUAGCGGUGACAGCUGGGCAAGGCAAGCAAAAGGGUGCAAUCCAGCCAUUGGAAGUAAAGCGAGCCUGUCUGCUGGCUCAUUGCCAAGCUAUUAGCUUCUACCUCCUUAUGAGAGCCGAGGGAUUGCCUGUGCAAGAUCAUCCGGUAAUUGCUCGUCUGGUAGAGACCAAGAGUAUGGUAGAAAAGAUGAAGCUGGCCAAUAUAAAUUUUACAAGGCAAAAAGGAGACACUGAUGAGCAUCGUGUGCCUGAUAGCAGCGCCCUGAACAAAGUGGAUAUCGAAACUUCUCUUGACAAAAAGGAGGGCAUUGCAAAGAUUUUGCCAGCACUGAAUAAAGGUGGUGGAGCUUCAGAAUUGACAAAGAACGAUCCUUCUAAUAAUGGGCUCGAUAAAAUUACCAAAAGAAAGAGCAAGGAUGAGUACAUGGGCUUGCAAAGCCUUGAAAUGUUGAAAGUAAGAGCAAAUCUUGAAGCGAGGUUAAAAGAAAAAGGACUGUAUAAAUCGAUGGGGUUGAAGUCGGAGAAGCUGUCAAACACCAGAGCAUCUAAUAAUAGGAGGGAUCUGCAAACAUUGGAUGACUUUGAUGAUGAGGUGGAGAAAAAUAAUCAAGUGACCAGACCUAGAACGUUCUUGGUAGAUGGAGCUAAAUCAAACAAAAAUAAGUUUGUUUCUGGGGAUGAUGACGUUCCAAAGAGAGAUGAUAUUGGUGAAAGACGGCGAAAGCAUGAGCUACGUGUUCUUGCAAGAGUAGGAGUUGAAGAUGAUGAUGACUUGCCAGAAGACGGAGAUGAUGCCAAAGAGAAGCCUGACCAAUCCAGUGAUGAAGACGGCAAUGAUGAUGAUGGAGACUCGGCAGAAUCUGAAGAUGAAUUCUACAAGGAUGUAAAAAGGCAAAGGACUGAAAAACUCUUGAGCAAACAGAGAGUUCCUACCGGUGAAGCACUGGAGGAGGAAAGUGAAGGAGAUGGCAAGAGGAAGAUCUCAUACCAGAUCGAGAAGAACCGGGGGUUGACUCGUUCCAGAAACAAGAAACUCAAGAAUCCUCGGAAGAAAUACAGGCUUAAGCACGAGAAAAAGGUGACUGCUCGGGGAGGUCAAGUGCGCAAGAUUAAGAAGCCUUCCGGUCCAUAUGGAGGCGAGCUGUCGGGCAUCAACGCAAAUGUCAGCCGUAGCACUAGGCUGAGGGGUUGAUGGCAGUCAUGUAUGAAUAUGAUCAUCUCGAGCACGUGAGAUGAAAUUUUUGUUCGGUGUUUGUUCCGUGGUUGCUAGUGUAACAUGUUUUUUUGUAUGGAAUAUGAACAUUUGUUUGAUGGUGAUUUAAAAGUUAUGCAUGGGAAGAAUACAUGCAUAUUUGUUCAC